AUGCUCGGAUCGCAUACAAUCAGGAUACAGCCAGCAAAAAAGGGAGCCGGCCAGCAGAGAAGGGGUGGUUGGCAAAUGAGACGAGAGACACGGCCUUUGGUUCCUCCACUGGAAAUAGGGACGAGCUCACCUAGCUCAUCCCCCUCCGACACGUCACGUGACUUCCCGCCGGCAUCCAAAACAGGCUAUGACGGUCGUUGGGCUCCGCGAUCGAGACGAAUUUUCUCGUCGUUCACGGCUGAGACAAUUAUCUGCCAGACGGAGGAUGACGAGCCAUUGCGUUCGAGAACAAUCCAGAUCAGUAGAUCCACUCGUGGCUUCGAGAAUCGAGGUAUCCUGUCACCUGCCGAACGUGCCCAUAGCUCAAAAGUUAAAACGGCCCCUUCGGUACCAGUUUUCCCAAAGGUAGACCCACAGUUCGCAGAGGUCACGCUCGACACCAUCAACCUUUUCAAUCUAUGUCCCCUGCAAGCUCAUCAAGCAAUAAUUUUGCAGAUGAUUUGGCUCAUGCAAGACCAAGCAGAAUGGACUUGUUUCGAUGUGAUGUUCUGGAAGAGUCCCUGGAUCCUCGGUACCAAUGCACUUGGUAUACUCCGCUCUAGGCAUUGUGACAUCAAAGUAUGGUGUGUAAUAUUGUAUAGCACCACACCGACAUCGUGUCGUAUCACACCGACAUCGCAUUGUAUCGCGCGAAGAACGCACCACAUUGCAUCCGACUCACGCAAAGACAACUCCUAUGACAAAAUGUCUCCCGACUCGAGUUCAGACAGGCAGCUCUAUGUCUGUGUUUGCAGCAAGCACAAUCUCGGGCAACCUCACCAAGUUUCGAAAUCCACCUGGCACCGACAUUUAGAAGCUACUACUACGGAACAGGAACGAGAGAGGAUACGAUCUGGUAGAGCACUACAGGGACAUAGUAUCCCACUGGAAACAAAUAUCGGGGCUGCAGGCAACACUGCACCUGCCGGCAACGCCAGUAACUCAGAUAGAAUGUCCUUGCCUCCAAGUGCUCGUCGUGUGGCCGCACUUCGAGAUCUUGUCAAACGAGCUAGGGACGAGGAAGAUUCUAGACGCACUGCUCAGCGUGACAAACGCGCACGAGUUGGGCAUCAAGAUGUUCAAGAGCGAAAUAAUUCCCCAGAUCCACCACAGCCUCCUGACCCAGACGAACCUCCGCACCCAGACAAACCCCCAGAUCCACCGCAGCCUCCUGACCCAGACGAACCUCCACACCCAGACGAGCCUCCGCACCCAGACGAACCUCCGCACCCAGACGAACCUCCGCACCCAGACGAACCUCCAGAUCCACCGCAGCAACAGCAACAGCAUAAUCUAUGUGCGCAUCGUUGGCUCAAACAAGUCGAGAGCAACAAGACAACAGAAGAAUUUUGUGUUUAUUACGGGGAUCUCUCUGCUGACCAGCGCAAGGAAUACGAUAACGAGGCAGCAGAGCUAGUUGCCAACAACGCUUGGGACAAGACAGUCUACGACGGCACAUUGCAUUAG